AUCUAUAAGGCGAGCCCGGAGCCACUAUAUUCUAUAAUCAAUAGUGCACAUUACACUCGUUGAUGACGUAAUGUUGUAGUUUCCUAGUUGAAGUGUAAAAAAUAUUUAUUGAGCUUUUCCUUUCGGAAAGUUUUUAUUGUUUACUGUUUUAUUGGUUUCCCUCAAAAACCAAUAUGGCUUUGAAAGCAGUCGUCGGACAAAAAAUUAUGAACGAUGUGAUCAAACAGAAGGGAGCUAAAAAAAGCGUUGAUAAAGGUAUUGAGUGGCGUGUGAUGGUUGUCGAUCAACUUGCUAUGAGAAUGAUAUCAGCCUGUUGCAAAAUGCAUGAAAUUUCUGCUGAAGGAAUUACUAUUGUUGAAGAUUUACAAAAGAAACGUGAACCGUUGGCUACGUUGGAAGCUGUUUAUUUGAUGUCGCCCAGUGAGAAGUCAGUCGCCGCUCUGAUCAGAGACUUUUCAAGCCCAGGAAAAUCGAUGUAUAAAGCUGCACAUGUAUUUUUUACAGAAGCGUGCCAAGAGGAACUUUUCAAUGAGCUUUGCAAAUCAAUUGCUGCCAAAAAAAUUAAAACGCUCAAAGAGAUUAACAUUGCUUUUCUGCCAUAUGAACGUCAGGUGUUUUCUUUGGAUUCUCGUGAAACUUUCCAAUGCUAUUACAAUCCGUUAUUGGUUAGCAGCCGUGUGCCCAACAUGGAACGCAUAGCUGAACAAAUUGCUACUGUAUGUGCAACUCUUGGAGAAUAUCCGUCUGUCCGUUAUAGAAGUGACUUUGAGCGCAAUGCUGAAUUGGCACAGAUUGUACAACAGAAAUUAGAUGCUUAUAAAGCGGAUGAGCCGACUAUGGGUGAAGGGCCAGAAAAAGCGCGAUCCCAAUUACUUAUAUUGGACAGAGGGUUUGAUUGUGUGUCUCCAGUCUUGCAUGAGCUUACAUUUCAGGCAAUGGCAUAUGAUCUUUUGCCAAUUGAAAACGAUGUUUAUAAGUAUGAAGCUUCUGCGGGUGCUCCUCUUAAGGAAGUGUUAUUGGACGAAAAUGAUGAGCUCUGGGUUGAACUCAGACAUCAGCAUAUUGCGGUUGUCUCAACGAAUGUCACCAAAAAUUUGAAGAAAUUUAUUGAUUCAAAGCGCAUGUCUGCUGGUGAAAGUAAGACGUCCAUGAGAGACUUGUCUACUAUGAUUAAGAAGAUGCCUCAAUAUCAGAAAGAGCUGAGCAAAUAUUCCACUCAUUUGCAUUUGGCUGAAGAUUGUAUGAAGUGCUAUCAAGAUAACGUUGACAGGCUUUGUAAAGUUGAACAAGAUUUGGCUAUGGGUACAGACGCCGAAGGAGAAAAGAUAAAAGACCACAUGCGAUGUAUUGUGCCUAUACUGUUGGACCCAAAUACUUCAAGCAAUGACAAAAUGAGGAUCAUUAUAUUAUAUGUUUUGUCCAAAAAUGGCAUUUCUGAAGAAAACCUUAACAAGCUUGUUCAACACGCCCAACUUUCGCCAGCUGACAAACAAGCUAUUAUCAAUUUGAAUUUACUUGGAAUCAACACAAUUGUGGAUGGUAACAGAAAAAAGCAGUACCAAAUUCCACGUAAAGAACGAAUCACCGAACAGACAUACCAAAUGUCACGUUGGACACCAGUGAUUAAGGACCUGAUGGAAGAAUGUAUCGAUGACAAAUUGGACACCAAACAUUUUCCGUUCUUAGCUGGACGGGCCGCAACAUCUGGAUAUCAUGCACCUACUAGUGCCCGCUAUGGCCAUUGGCAUAAGGACAAAGGACAACAAUUAAUCAAAAACGUGCCCAGAGUUAUCGUAUUUGUCAUUGGAGGAGUCAGUUUUUCUGAGAUAAGGUGCGCUUAUGAAGUUACGAAUCAGUUCAAGAACUGGGAAGUCAUUAUAGGGUCCUCGCAUAUUCUCACACCAGAAGACUUCCUAAAUAAUUUGUCUGCCUUAAGUCAGUAAAUCUUGUCUGUCUCUUCCACGCAUCACACUGUUAUUCAAAAGUAUUACUUAAUAUAGACUUAAAAUAAUCGUGAUUUCUAAAAAAAUAUACCUUAGAACUUAAAAAAAAAAAUAUAUAUAUAUAUAAUAUAUUAGGGUGUGCCUUGCUUGCCAGUAUUUCAUUUUGGUCGAGAAGAAAAUUUCUCCAAACCACUUUUUAAACAAGCUUUUUACUUAUUACAGUUUUUUCAUCACUACAUCUUAUUAAAUUUGUAAUUUAUUUGUAUUAAUUUUUGUUUUGUUAUUUAUUUUAAAUACAUAA